GGGCCGGGGCGGGGCCGGGGCGGGGCGGGCAGGGCCGGGAGCGCCGGAGCCGCCGGAGCCGCCGGAGCCGCCAGAGCCUCCGCCCGUCAUGGAGCCCAACAGCCCCCGCAAGAUCCAGUUCACGGUGCCGCUGCUGGAGCCGCAUCUGGACCCGGAGGCGGCCGAGCAGAUCCGAAGGCGCCGACCGACUCCGGCCAACCUGGUCCUGAGCAGCGAUCAGUCGUCCCCAGAAAUCGAUGAGGACCGGCUGCCCAACCCCCUGCUGAAGUCGGGUCUGGCCAUGUCACCCAGGCAGAGGAAGAAGGUUUCCCGCACCACCCCCACCAUGAAAGAGCUGCAGAUGAUGGUGGAGCAUCACCUGUGCAAGCAGGCGCAGGACGAGGACGAGGAGGCGGCCGCUGCCACCGCCUGCUGCCACCACGGUGACACCGAGCACAGCCACAGCCCCGGUGGCACCUGCCCGCUGGCCACACACGAGGGUGGCCCUGGCCCCGGCCAGCGGACCCAUGGGGACGGGCGGCAGAGCCCGGGGGACGGGGACACCCAUAUAGCACCGAGGGACAGUGCCGGGCAGGGCGCGGGCAGCAGCCAGUAGGGCCACCGCAGCACCGAGGCCGCGCAGGAGCCGGACGUCCCGGGGACUUUUUUACCUGUUUUCUAAGAUUCUGCCGCCGCUUUGGGGCUCCCGGAGGGUUAUUUUUUACUGCCACGGGCAGGUCCCCCCCCGGGGGGGACUUUGGGGACAGCGGCUGUGCCCAUGUCCCCUCACCCCCCCGCGGCCCAGGGCGGGUGACACUGGCGACACCGCGCAGCACCUCCUGGUGUCCCCGCCCCCCCGCCGCAUCACUGCCAGCCCCAGGGUGUCCCCAGGGCCACCGCACUGUCGCCCCCCCCCCCCGCCCUGGGGAGCCGCACCCCAGUGCGUACACGCGUGUGCACGCACACGGGUUCUUGUGCACGCGUGUGUUGGGGGGGCGGGGGGGUGUGCACAUGCAUGUACCUGGGGCUGAGCGGGGGGACACACAGACACACGCACCCCAGGGUGUUUGCACCCACGGACACGGGGGGGACACACUUUGCACGUGGGAUUCGCAUGGACGCAGCGCACGUGUGACACGUGGGGGGCGCAGGGACCCCCCCCCCCCCUCAGUUGGUAUUAAAGGGAUCCCUUCUCCCCCC